GCUAGGGAUGGAACCUAGGGCCUUGCUUGGAACAGUCACGCUCUCUACCAUUGAGUCACAGACCUGGCUUCUAACCAAACUGUAUAAGGGCAGGAAUCAACACUGUAACUCCAACGUAUAGCACUAUACCUGGCUUAUGGAAAGUUUCCAACUACGGAUUGUUGAGUGAACAAAUAACCACUUGAACCCUAAGAAGAAAAGAUUGUUUCAUAUUAGGCUGUAUGGUUUAAUGUAAAAAGCAAUGUCAUUUAAUGGAGCCUGGCCUGGACUUGUUUGAGCCAGCUGUGUGGUCUUCCACAUCUUUACCUCUGUAGACUUCAGUUCUAUGGUUCUCUCAGAGGUCCUUAGCUGCUGGUGUUGGUGAAAGCAUUACAAGGUGGUCUGAAUAAACAACCCUUGCAGAGUCUCUGAUUGGAGAAUAGUAAUAGUAGCCAUCAUUGUGUUUAUAUAUGUGGUCCUAAUUAAUUUUCAAAACAACCCAUGAAGUUAUCAUCAUUACUAUUUUACAGAAUGAAGAAUGGUCUAAGCCCUAAAUAGGCUAACACACAUGCCCUGGGUCCUAUAUACUUGAUUAGUGAUGACGAACCAGGCUAUGACCUAGAUUUAUUCUGUAUACCUAAACAUUACGUUGAGGAUUUGGAAAAGGUAUUUAUACCUCAUGGACUGAUAAUGGACAGGACUGAAAGGCUUGCUCGAGAUGUGAUGAAGGAGAUGGGAGGACAUCACAUCGUAGCCCUCUGUGUGCUCAAGGGAGGCUACAAGUUCUUUGCUGACCUGCUGGAUUACAUUAAGGCACUGAAUAGAAAUAGUGAUAGAUCCAUUCCUAUGACUGUAGAUUUUAUCAGACUGAAGAGCUACUGUAAUGACCAGUCAACAGGAGACAUAAAAGUCAUCGGUGGAGAUGAUCUCUCAGCUUUAACUGGAAAGGAUAUAAUUGACACUGGCAAAACAAUGCAGACCUUGCUUUCCUUGGUGAAGCAACAUAACCCAAAAAUGGUCAAGGUCGCGAGCUUGCUGGUGAAAAGGACCUCUCGAAGUGUUGGAUAUAGGCCAGACUUUGUUGGUUUUGAAAUUCCAGACAAGUUUGUUGUGGGAUAUGCCCUUGAUUAUAAUGAAUACUUCAGGGAUUUGAAUCAUGUUUGUGUCAUUAGUGAAACUGGAAAAGCCAAGUACAAAGCUUAAGACGAGUGUUCAAGUGGAGUCUGGAAACAUGAGGAGUCCCAUUGACGUCAUCAGAUGUUCCUAGUUCCGUGGCCAUCUGCUUAGUAAAGCUUUUUGCAUGAACCUUCUAAGAAUUUUAUCUGUUUUGUAUUUUAGAAAUGUCAGUUGCUGCAUUCUUAAACUUUUUAUUUGCACUAUGAGCCUAUAGGCAGAUUACCAGUUCCCAGUGGGUAGAUUGUUUAACUUGUGAAUGGAAAAGUCUCUUAAACCACACCACUGUUAAAUGAUAAUAUUGAAAUUGUAUCUGUAAGAAGCAUUUAAAAAGAAGAUAUAUUAGUUUUUUAAUUGGUAUUUUAAUUUUUAUAUAUUUGGGGGAAAAUGGAGGUGAUUGACUAUUGUUAAUUGUACCACCGUGCAUUUGGAACAGUCAGAGACAGUCAGUUCUCACCAGUAACAGCAGCCAGUUCAGUAGUAGUGACAAUGUUGGCUCACUUGCUCAGAUUGUUUCUGUGAAUCUUGUCAACAGUUCCUUUCAAAUGCAAAUAAAUAAAGUUCAAAAAAUUACUA